AUGGCAUACACAUUAUAUCCCGAGAGCUCACUUUCUGUUAAGGAGCAGUGGUUUGAAGCGCAACUGAAGCGCUACGAAAAAAAUGCUUAUGAAGGGUGCUACAGCGAGGAAGUUGCGGCGUUGAAGGACUUCUACAACGGCAAGACAAACGCAGAACAGGCCGCCACUGCAAUCACGCAACCCAUCUCUAAGUCUUCGAUUAAAGAUCUUGGAGGCUACUCCGACGAUAUCGUAGCACUCAGCCAGUUAUGGAGUCUACUCAAGAACGCACUUAUCGAAUGGCCAUCAUCUCGUACACCAGACCUUGUCGCUCUUCUUUCAGCGAUCACUCAAGUCACCGACGCUAUCCACCGUGGUGAACUCCUCGACGACGCGGAUGAAAAGCCAGUGCUAUGGGCAGGACUUCCCUGGUUUCGGAUGAUCUGGUCAGACGCUUUCUGGAGAACACCGGGACAGAUUGCACGACAAGCCAAAGACGCAGCAUCGCGGAAGCAUGAAUGUGAGGUCUACAUCAAACAACAAGAUGUGGAAGCUCGACUUGUUGCAGCCGGAAUCUUUGAAUGGGAUCGCGCGCCUCGGUUCAUGGUCCGAACGCUUGAGCGGACGCCUAACCCAGACGACGCGCAUGACGCAGCUGGCGAUGGCGACGCUGAGUUCCAGCUCAAACCGGAAUUCCAUAUGCCCGCUGCGAGCAAAUGGGUGGAGCACAACGGCGAGAGGCUCUACAGUAGCCUUGACGAGCUGAAGCAUUGGAACGAAAGGAAUGCCCAUGGUGAGAUGAUGCAAUUCGACUCGCCAUCGGAGCGCUGGGAGUUCUGGCAGAAGAGGUUACUCGACAUUGCAGAAGGUACUGGGGUGGAUGAAGUCACACGAGACGCGGCACGCAGUACUGCACAGCGUAUGCGCAAGGUUGGUCAAAAGAUAUUAUAG